AUAAUGGAAUCGAAUAACCAAGAAAUUAUUGUAAGUUUUACCUGUACACUUUGUAACUUGUCACAGGAAUUACUCGAAAAGGAACGCCAAAGGAUCGAAAAUAUUUAUACAGAGGAAUCAGAGGAUAACGAAGAUUAUCCUCCAGAGGAAUAUUCCUCUGAUGAAGAGGAAAUUGACCAUAAUAAUUAUAAAGGCAUUUAUGCUGGUGAUGAGCCAGGCCAGAAGUUCACUGACCCAAUCACUGGUGCACACUUUGAAUUCGAUGAUAUGUGCUCAAGGCUGGAGAGAGUGGAAGCAGACCGAAACUCCCUUGAUGCUAGGGUUAGCAAUCAACAUAAGCUCUUGGAUGAUGAUGAGGAGUUUGGAAUUUAUAAGACCCAAGAGCAAAAGAAACGCAUUAUUCGUACAAAGAGUAAUAAGAACAAAGAAGAUAUUAUCAAACAACUUAACCAGAAGAUUACUUUCGCACAGAAUUAUGGUGAGAAUAGGAAUAAAAUGACCCAAAAGCAGGUUAAGAAUAAGAAAAAUAAGGAAGGAGAGAUUAUUAUAGGGGAUGACCCCAAGCAUCACCAAGGUGUUUAUCUCAAUGACCCAGAGACGGUUUCAAGCAUUGCUACGAAAGGAGGGCAGUUACCGACCCAGAAAUCUCAGUUUGAUCAGAAGUCCUUUAGUUCCCAAGGAUUAAGGGAUACCUCCACUAGGUAUAAGGCUGCUCAGAACCUGAUGGGAUACCAGAAUAUAAUUUCAAUGGCAAAUGGUCUUAACAGUUUUGAUAACUCUAAAGCAAAAUACCGGCUACAAAAGAGAGACAAAAGUUUUGGCAGCAUGAUCCAAUUGGGUGACUUCAAUUCCUCAAAGAAUUAUUACCAUAAUACAAGUGUCAGAGCAAGGCAUAGCUUGAGUAGCAAAAAUGAUAAGCUUAUUAAGAAGUCACAUUCAAAGAGCUCACACUGCAACAACAUCAUUUUGGAAAAUACGAAACCGACCAAGAACAGGCGGAAGAAGAGGAGUAGCGGAAAGAAGAGAAGCAAAGAAAGGAGCAAGGAAAAAUAAUAUUUCUGACCUAAUCUUAGCUAUUAGCAAGAAGUAUAAGCUCAAGAAGUCUGUAAAGGGAUCCAAACAUGGAUUCCAUAUUCCUAUUAAGAAGUCUCUAGUAUCUGGUAUGAAAAACUCCAGAGACAGGUCAACCCAGAGGAGUAAGUCUAAGAAGACUAAGUGGAAGAGCUCGCCUUAUAAGAAGAAGAUGGCAACUAAAUUCCAAAAAUUCAAAACUAUGAUGAACGACACUCCCGAGAGGAAGAGGCAUUCCAGGAACUCCAAUAUGAGGAUCAGUGAGUAUACAAAUUUUAUGCAGGGAGCUAGGAAGAAAUCAUCUUUGAAGAGGCCCAUGUCAAAGAAGAAAGUGUCCCAUGAUUUCGAUAGGUUCAAGACUUUUGAUAGAAAGUACAGCCGUGCUAGCGGAGAUCACCUCAGGAAGAUACUUAGCAAAGGCAAGUCAAGAAAUCGGUCCAAGACUAAGAAUGAAAACUAUUCCAGGAAUGUGUUUUAAGUACUUUGUGACAAACCCUUUGAACGUUAGAAGGAAUUCUGGUAGCCCAGACUUUUGAAUUUGGAAAUUAGAGGUUUU